CGCCCCUGAGCCCGGCCCGCCCUCGGCGCCAGGCCCCGCCGAGCCAUGUCCCUCCUCUGCGUCCGCGUAAAGAAAGCGAAGCUCCAGGGGCCACCAGAUAAAUUCAAUACGUAUGUGACCCUGAAGGUGCAAAAUGUGAAGAGCACCACUGUUGCCGUUCGAGGGGACCAGCCAUGCUGGGAACAAGACUUCCUCUUCGAGAUCAGCCGCCUGGACCUGGGCUUGAUUGUGGAAGUAUGGAACAAAGGGCUGAUCUGGGACACAAUGGUUGGGACAGCGUGGAUUGAGCUGAAGGCCAUCCGGCAGUCGGAUGAGGAGGGCCCUGGGGAGUGGUCUACCCUGGAAGCCGAGGUCUUGAUGAAGGGCCAUGAGGUCUGCGGCACCAAAAACCCAACACCUCAUCAGAUUUUGUUGGAUACAAGAUUUGAGUUGCCUUUCGACAUCCCGGAAGAGGAAGCCAAAUACUGGACUCAGAAGUUAAAGCAGAUAAACUCCUUGGAGGAGGAGGAUGAGCAUUCGUUUGUGGAAGAGGUCCAGAAGCAGCCGCUGCCCACUGCUGCCUCCCAGUGUUCUUUUGAAGACCACGAUAGUGCUGUGGAUGACAGAGACAGCGACUACCGCAGUGAGACCAGCAACAGCAUUCCUCCCCAAUACCACACUACCUCGCAGCCCAAUGCUUCGGUGCACCAGUUCCCCGUGGCUUCCCGUCUGCAGCAGCAGGGGGUCCCCCGAGAGUGCUGUGUGGAGUCCCUGCACGGCUAUGAUUUGGAUUACCACGAACGAGCGGCUAUCAGACCAGGAUCUUUAGUUAGCAAUGGGAAAGUCAGGAUCAUUCCAUUUGAUUAUGAAGUUGGCCAAGAACAGGAAGAGUGUGAAGAGAAUUAUGAGGAAUUAGGCAAACAGUUAAUAGAAGAUUUUUUAGAAAAAAGUCACAGGACUAGAUGUUCCCAGGGACGAAAGAGCCCCAGGCUCUCGAAAAGGGAGAACUUUGGCCAUCAUGAAAGACCAAGAUACUCACGGAAGGCUUGCCCAGAAUCAGGAAAUCCCGAUGUUCCUUGCUAUCCAGAGGAAUAUGACACAAUAGACAGGAGAAGAAAGAAGAAGUUGAGAUAUAACAAUUUUGAAGAAUGCGAGCGAACUAUACUGCAAAGCAGUGGUAACCGGAGAUUUUCUUCAGGCAGCAUUAAAGCAAGAACUGAACACAACCUAUAUCCUGAUUAUGAUGAAAUUGAGAAAUGGGGCAGCAGCCCCAUUGAAAGUGAAGAACAGUUACCGGAAUAUCCAGUUUUGCGUCCAUACAAGAAUGGCCUUCUAGUCAAGAGUGGCAAGUUGUCCGCCAACCAACGUGCAAAGCAUGACUCAGGAUCAGUCCAUUUUGAUGGUGAAAAUGAGAUCCAUUCAGAACAGCCAGCUCCCUCUUUUGUGCCAUUGGGUGCCCUUCAAGAGUUUGGCAGCUGUUCAUCCGGUCUACUCCUGUACUCCCCAGCUUCGGAUGAUGAUGAUGAUGAAAUGGAAGAAAUAGCGAUACUUUCCCAAGCAUGGCGUGAAUCCAGUGUUCGCCCUGUUGGAGACCUUACUGACAUCCGUACUGGAAGUGCCAUAUCCCUGUUACCAAGGGACAAAAACUCACAUAGGAUGAGAGGAGGAAAGCAUGGCUUUCUUAAGCAAGACUUGACCCUCUCCCCUGUUGAAGAGCCAACGGAAGAAUACGUGGACACAAUGGAUGAACUGCAGUGCUUAGUUGAAACUGUGUCUGAAUACUUAGCUGAAAAAGAGGAGGAGAUUAGCAAAUUUGAAACCCUUCCUGCGAGCAAAAAUGCAAGUGAUGGUGCCUCUCCCAAACGGGUCGGUUCUGAUAAGUUGGUGGAGGAAAGUGCCCCUUUGCAGCAGGCAAAGCUAGCCACUUCUGCCGCAGAGGAGAGCGAGGGCAGCAAAGGCAUAACAGAGGCAUUGCCAGACUUGUCUGGGGUGAAGAACACCGUCAGCUCCUUAUUUAGUUCUUUCACCGAAAAAGUGGGCUCAGGAACAAAGCACUUAACAGCCUCAGUUGAAAAACUUGUAUCUCCCACACCAGAGAAACCUGAAGCCCCUGGUCAACCUGAGGGAGGCAUUACAAGUCUGUUUUCAAGUAAGCCUAAAUCUGAGGGUGCCUCUCCAGAACUGAAAGCAGAAAGCAAAUCGGAUGCCAGGUUGGCAACGGCAAGUUCUCCCUCUGUGACCCAGAGUAGCUGUGAGCGAGAAGCUGGCGAUGCCCAGGCCAGCAUCCCAGAAAAGACGGCAGGAGGCGACAAGGCUCCUCCAGGUGUCCAGGAUGCUUCAGCAAAUGCUGCUCCGUCCUCUUCUCUGGACACCAGCUCAGUUGUCAACUCCGUUUUAGGCAUGUUCAACCCUUUGAAAAUCUUCUCUGAAAAGGAAGCACCAAAAAAAGAGACUGCAAAACAGGAGGAGGCUGUGAAGGUGGAAGCCACGCACGCCAGUGCUUCUGAAGCCAAGGCAAGUGGGAAGGCAGCUGAAGACAGCGCAAGAAAACCCAUCAACGUUGCGCCUCCCGAAACGAGCAAGAGCGAGGCAGAAGCAGGCGCAAGCAGCGGCCCCGUCUCCUCCAUCUUUGGCAAGCUGUCGAGCUCCGUUAGUUCUUUCAGCCUGAAAGCCAGUUUUGAGAGUCUGGCUGUUCCCAAGCAGCCAAGUGGGCCACAGAAGGCUUCUGAUGCGCCGCCGCAUGCCACAAGUCAGCCAGAUAAAGUUGCUAAAGAACACCCAGACAUGCCGAGAAAUCCACAACCUGCAGGGAAAGUGCUGGAAAACAAGCCAAGUGAAGCUAAGAAGGAGACUGGUAACGCUCCGCCGUUGGAGCAGGGGGAACCACCUGAUAGCUUUUUCAGUCCACUUAAGAAAUCCUUCAGCCAGUUGCUGCUCCCUUCUUCUGCUACCGAAACUGUGCCAAAGGAGCCACCACCGGGCUUGGGGAAAAGCCACCGUUCUGAAGAUGAUGUCAGGAAAACAAGCUCCGCAAGCAGCGAACCCAAUUUCCCUUUCACCAGUAAGCUCCAGAUUCCCUUUUUGAGCGGUUUUGGCUUUUCAGACAAACCACCGCAGGAUAACAAAGAGAAGCCAGGAAUUUUCACUUCAUUCUUGAAAGCUGCUUCUGUGGAAAACCUGACAGCUUCAAAAGAUCAAACUCCCCCACCGAGUUUUAGUGACAAGCCACUAAAUGCUGAAGUGGGUCACAAAAGCAGCAAUGCAGAAGCUGUCAAAAUGGACUGGCCAAAGUCUCAGGCUGUUCCCGAGGCACCACAGAGAAAAGAGGAGCCAACGAGGAAGAAAGAAACCUGUGAGGAAGAAGGUCUGGGUGCACCAAAAAGUGGAGAUAAAAGCCAGGGUGCCUCAGACACUUCAGAAAUUGCACACGUGGAUCGUGAUCACAAACGCAUGGGGGCUCUGGAACACAAAGAUUCAAAAUGCAGGGGGGAGCUGGCAGCCCCCACAAAAGAAUCUGACUCCAAUACUACAGCAGGAAAGCCAGUGCUUCCUGGUGGAAUUGGAGAGGACAAGGGAAUGGAUGAUACUCAGAAGAAGGCCCCACAGCCAGGGCAGGGUUUGCUCUCGGGACUCUUCCGGCGGGCAUCUUCAGACCACAUAACCCACCGGGAAGAGUCGAUCGUUAACAAUGAAACGGACAGCCAGAAGAGCAGAUCAGCUGGCUUACUUUCUGGAUUAUUUAGGUUUGCUUCAAGUGAAAACGUGUCCGAAAGUAUGCCAGAUAAGGCAAAAACAGGCUCUCUGGGCAUAAUGAAGUUUUUGGAGAGGAGCGAAGAGACUAGUUCUGGUGACAAGUCCGUUGGCUCACCUGUGACUCCCGGUGCCCAAGAAAGCACUGGGGGGAAACAGGAGACGGGCAGCUUCAUAAAGAACUUCAUGCAGAGGCCAAAGGAAAAAGCGGAGGAGGGAGUGACCGAGACUGCGAAGGCGAAUGGUCAUUUGCCUCACCCGGAACUGAGCAAAAUGGACAACAGACACGGUCCCCUCCCUUGGCACCCCAUCUCUCAGAAUGCUUUAAGCUCACAGCCAAAGAUACAAGACUUAUCGGGGCAGCCAACCCUUUAUAGACAACCUUCGGAUUCCAACAUUUAUCAAGCAGUUCUCAACGAAAGGUCAAAUGAAUUUCUCAAUUCCUCUUUGCUGAAUGCUAAAUUGUAUGGCCACUCAGAGCAGCAUCUUGCUCUUGAGGAAACAGGGAGCCCCUCGAGCUUUGACUGGGAAUAUGAUGCAGGAGCAUUUUCUCUUAAUGCCCACCAGGUUUCCUUGCCCGUUUACUACGUCUUGCAGCAGAAUUCUGUCCCACUGGCUGAGUUUCUGGAAUGGCCAGACUCUAAUGAUGCCGUAGUGAACUUGUGUAAGAAAGAUGGCAAUGCCAAUGUCGUGGAUUGGAGGUCAAAUGCGAAUUUUGAUGCCCUGAGCCUAGAUUUCAGUGUCAUGUCAUACGAAUCGUUUGAUCAGUUAGACUUACAAGAUUUAAGUCUAGAAGAAACUGAAAUGUGGACAACGCAUUCUCUGAAUGGAAACUUUCCUCCAUUUGAUGACUGCAGCUGUAUUUUGGAAGAGAUGCCCAUGGACUUAAGCUAUUCGUCGGCAUGUGAUGGCAACAUGUGGACCUUAAUUGAUCAGGAGUCCUUGAGCUUGGAAGGCAGUUUUGUCUAUUCAUCUUACAGCCAGGAGUACCAGGACUGGCUGAUGCUGCUUGAGAAGGGCGUGUGGUGGCCAUCGGAAGACGGCGAUUGUGGAUAUUACAUGUACAGGGAUGGUCAGUUUGUCUAUUCUCUGCUCACCGACCCCACUGGGCAGUAUGUCUAUAUUUGCACUCCUGACACUUACACCUACCCAGACUACUGGGAUUAUAAUUAUCCACAGAGCAUUUUGCAGAGCACUGUCUUGGAAGAUGACAUGAUUGCCGUUUGCGGUUUCAAAGUGCCUCUUGGUAAUGAAGACGAGUUAUUCUGGUUUGCUGAAGAGGAGCAAUUGGAUAAUUACUCUGUAAACAAACCACUUGAUUUGUCUGUAGCUCUGCAGAGAAGUGAUCAACUUAUGAACAUGAAUUUAGAGACCUUUUCGCAGAUGUUUGAGGAGUCCAUUUAUUACCAGAGAGAGCAGCCUUUAGACUUUUCAGGGUACAAACUUCAAAAACUCAAAGUAGACUUUAGGCCUGAGAAUGAAAUGGAGUGGCACUCAGAAGAGCCUCCCCUGACCCUUGACCUUAGAGUUCACUCCAGGGUGGCUUCCAGUGGGAGGCUAAAAGAUGACGCUCUACCCAAACACCUGGACAGGACUCCUGCUGUGACAGUUUCCGAAAGUGGACAGUCAAGACGGUUUGGUUUCCAUAUAUUCCAGUCUUCUGCCAAGCCUGAGACUUCAUCAGCGUCUCAGAGUGUUACAGAAGUCAAAACCACUGAAGAAGAUAAAAAGCCACCUCUGAAUAAAGUCGCAUCUUUAUUCUCUGCUUUGGGUGGCCUGAUGGGUAAGGGUUUGGAAACGCAUGAGACGGUGGAAGACACGGCUGUGAAGAAAGGAGAAUCGGUGGUGUUGGGACACAAAAACGAUGCUCUUCCAGCUACGCCACCCAGGAAAACAGGAGAGGAUAUGCAAAACCAGCAGCACACUGAGCAUGAACAAGAGAGAAAAGAGAGAGGCAGAUUAGUUAAGUCUGUUAGGGACGAAAAGCCAAUGAUUUCUCAGAAAAAGCCUCAGCUGGUGAGGUCUUCCUCUCAGCUAAGCCAGGGUCCCGUGGACCGCAAGACCAGUCAGCUGGAUAAAAGUGUUAAGCCUGCUCCCCUCCCAAGUCAACAAAAACCCAAAGUGGGCGAGGAUGAACCCAAGAAAACCCAGCCAGCCCCCAGCCAAGCGCCCACGGAGGCUGAGGGCACGUUGUUUAAAAGUGCUCUCAAGAUUCUUAGCCUGGGAGAAGACUCCUCCACAACUGCAGCACCCAAUAAAAGCCAAGGCCCCGGGUUUUUUGAUUUCUUUAAAACGCAGGUCAACAAAGCCCCACAGCCACCGCCAGCACCCCAACCAAAUCUGACGAAAAAUGAAGCCGAGAAGAAAAUGCCUCAGGAGAAAGUGGAGCCCCCAGGCAUUUCGUCGUUCUUUGGUUCCAUAGGGGAUCUUUUCAAAGUUGACGCAGCCCCUGCCCCACCAAGUGCCGCUGCUCCACCCAAGAGUGGAACCCACACCUCCCUGAAACCGAAUGACAACGCCGACCAGCGUAGCAGAGAGCCAAGCAAGAGCAGCACUCCUGCCCCUCGAAUCCCUGUGGAGCAUGCUGGUGGGGAAGCUGCCAAGAAGCCCACAGCCCCUAAGGAAGAACAGCAUGGGAAAGUAGGCAAGGAAGCUGCUCAAGUGAAGAAGGACAUCCCCACCACAGGGGAUGCAGAACCCCAGCCUCCCAGGCAGGCAGGCCCUCGAAUGGACCCAGCAAAUCGCUCUCCAGGGCAGCAUGGCCAUGGACCAGCUGUUGCACCAGGACCGCAAGGCCGUGCAGGAGCCGUACCUGGUAAAACUCAGCCAGGAAAAGCCAGUCAGCCACCCAGGGAUUCUGGGUUUAGCCUGCCUUUUGGCUUGUCGCAGGCGGCACCUUCGAAGCCUCCGCAGGCGCAGCAGCCGGCUGGCAAGAGCAUCUUCUCCUCCUUCUUCAGUGCCCCAGAGAAAGCCCCUGCCCCUGCUCCAGCAGCUCCUAAUGCCAAGCCCCCAGAAGCAGAGGGUCUGUUCAAGAUGCCUUCUUUCCUGUCCGGAGGGCCCACCGCAAAGAAAAACGUGCCUCAGAGCAGCUCCAGCUUCAGCUUUUUCAACCUGACCUCCUUCCUGGAUGAAAAACCACCGGCAGCUGCUCCUGAAAAGGGGAAUAUUGCAAAGCCGCCUCAGCAGCAAGCAAGCAACCUGGGAAAGCCGCCUCAGCAGCAAGCAGACACAAAGCCAUCGAUGAAGCAGUGCGUUUCUGUUGACUCUGGCAUUGGACUUGCCAGACAGCAGGGCUUGAAGGAUAAAGAGGCAGCCGAUGGUAUUAUAGAAGCAGUACUUGGAAAGCAAGAGGCUGUUGGCCCAGACCACAAGGCAAGUGAGUUAAAAACUCCAGCGGCUGAGCAUGCUGCACCAAGUGCCUCAGAAGUGAAAAAUGAGGUGGAGAUACCUUUUGUGGCCAGUAAACCUCCUGAUGAUGGUACAGAUAGAGAAGACCACUCAGUCUAUCCGGAUCCUGGCUCUCAGGCCCCUACGCUGCAGGAAGACACUGCACCUUCCCUUCUGGAGAUUCCACAACCAGAGGAGCAGCUGCAAGGCAAUGCAGAAAAGAGUGAUGGCAUUGUGGUGUCCUCUGAGAAGGAAUUUGUUCCUUCAGGUGGGAACGAGACUUCUGAAAAGGCAGAGCCCGGUUCAGUUUGUGAUGAGACUUCUGUGGCUCUUGAGCCAUCUCCUGCUCCUGGAGACUUUUCACAGGAGGUUGUACCUGAAGAAAAACCAAGCGUCCCUGAAGUCAAGCCCCCGGCGCCCAAGCAACCUGAUAGGACCCCAGAUGCGGCAGGAGAGCAGCAGGCUCAGGGCCAAAGACCUCUGCCUAAAAUGGCAGCAGCAACACCUAACCUGCAGGAGAAACCUAAGGAGCCCGAGGGUGACAAAUCAGUUCUAGAUUCCUCAGUUGAAAUGUUUUCCAGCUUCAUGACGAAAAUGAAACCGACCAAAACAUUAUCUGGCUUCUUUUCCCAGCCUCAGACUCCAGCAGCUCCUAGUGCACAAAAGAAGAGCACUUCGUUUUUCGGCCUUUCCUCCCUGCCAACUGGGCCGCCUCCAGCAUUUACAAGUGAUCUCUUUGGCAUUUUCAAAGGAGCAACAGAUGAGAGCCUUUCAAAGCCUGCAGGGAAGACCGCAGGCACUUCAAAACCCCAGGAAAUGAGCUCUAGGGCAAAGGAGGCUGUGGGCCCAGUUCUUGGUAAAGGUCUCGCAAAACAAGAUAAAGCCUCUAGGGAUGAACUUUUAGGGACAAAUGCCGGCAGUGUUUUGAAACAACUGGACCAAACCUCUAGGGCUGAACCUACAGAAAAAGAAGCUAGCAGGGACUUGGAACAAGAUGCUCCUUCUGCUUUAGCAGAAGAGAGUUUGGGAAAAGAAUGUACAGCAGAAUUGGAAGCUGAAAGCAGUGGAAGACCUGAACAUGGUCUAGAACCCUCCCUUAAUGCUUCAGAAACUUUAGACUCAAGUAGGGAUCAGGGCCCUGAAGUGGUACAGCUGGACACAAACUUACUGGCAUCUGAUGAAGCAGCGAAGGCUGCCCCAUUUAGUCAAGAGGUACAUGAUGCAGAUGAGACAGCCACGGUGGUAGUGCAGGAGAAGAGGGAAGCGCCUGUGGAGCCCUUAGAAAACGAUGCUGUCCCUGCUGUUGAAGAGCAGCCGAGCCCGGCAUGGGAAACGGACGUUGGCCAGAUGGAUUUGGAUGGUACACGUGAGCUGGAACCCAAGGCUGGCGAGGCAGAUGAACACCUGAAACUGUCAGAACCGGCGAAUACUUCACUAACCACUGAAGAAGUAACUGUAAAGAAUGAGGCAGAUGUUGAUAUUUGCCCACCAGACACGUUUGGGACCCUGGAGAUGGAACCCAAAGCUGCUGCAGAUGAAGCCCACGACUUGCUCCAUCAGGAUAUGGAAGAGGUCCCUGAAAUGAAACCUGAUCUUCCUCCUGAGCAGAAAGAGCCCCUGACCACCAGCGAAGCAGCCCCAGAAGCUGCUCCCUUGAAAAGCAGUUUGGCUGGUAAGAGCAAGCCAGCCAGUGCUCCUGCAGAGGCCAGCAAUGCCAAACCCAUGUUUGAAAUUCCAAGCAUGCCCACUUUGCCCAAAUUUGGCUUCAUGUCUUCUGCAGACAGCAGCAAGCCAUUUGGCUCCUUCUUCUCUGCACAGCCACCUUCGGCAAGCAAGCCUGCACCCGAGCCAGGCCUCGUGUCCAGCUUCAACAAGUUUUCCUCAAGUCUGUUUGGUGGAGGAAGUGAUGAGAAAGCAGGUAAAGUAGAAGGCGCUCCGGGUGCUGUGUUUGGAAAGAAGCUGGACUUCUCAUUUCCGUGGCAGAAAGAUGCCAAGGAGGCGGGUCUCAAGAAGGAACCAGGUGUGCCAACACCAAAAGCUGCCUCCAAACAGGAGGUGGCCCCAGUUGCUUCAUCCAGACUGGAUUUGAAGGCACCAGAAGCUGUCUCGAAAGCCGAGGAACAAGCAGUGGAUGGGACCGGUGCUGAUGGGAGCCCAAACCUCUCUGCCUCUGAUCAGCCAGCUGACAGUGCUGCUGAUUCAGACCUUUCUUCUAAGCAGCCCGACAGCAAGAGCAACGAAUGCUUAGAUGGUCCCACGCCUGACAUUCCAGUUGCGCCCAACAAGGAGCUGGAGCUUGAGGUCUCCAGAGAAACGGAAGAUGAGCCAAGCACCAUUUCCAGUGAGCCUCCUGGGCUCCCCUUGGAGGAACCAGCAGAAGGCGCCACACGGCUUCAGGAUGAAGUAGAGCAGAAGGAAAGUGUCCCUUGUCCGGAAACGGAAACACUUGCUACUGGACUGCAGCCGGCGGAGCAGAGUAGCACUGAGCCACUCAGGAAGAAAAGUCCUGCCAGCAGUAGUAAGUUUGGUUCCUCCUGUAACAUCAGUCAGGGAAGCUCUCAGCUGAGUGAGCUGGACCAAUAUCAGGGGAGUGUGCCCUGCUCCGAACACGAGGACGAGCUCGCAGAAGGGGGGCCUGCUUCUCCUGCUCCCCCUCACCCGACGGAGGGCCCUGCGCCACCUAGCGAGCAGCAUGAGCCCCGGGAAGUGCACAGGGAAGGAGAGGGGAAGGUGAAAGAGCAUGCCACACCUCAACUACCUCCUGAAGUGGACGAGCCCAAAGAAGCCACAAAGCCACCGGGCAGCCACCUUGAUGAAAAUGAACUUCUACCGCUUCCCGCUGCAAGAGCCCGCUGGAUCCGAGCCAUUAAUAAAGUGCGGCUUCAGUUUGAAGAGGGUCCGGAUGAUGGCGAUCCGUCCAAGUCACCGUGGUUCAAAGGAGGGCCAGCCGGGGGUCUCUAUGGCAUCGACAGCAUGCCUGACCUGCGCAAGAAGAAGCCCACCCCACUUGUCAGUGACCUGUCGCUGGUCCAGUCCCGGAAGGCCGGAAUUACCUCAGCCAUGGCCACCCGAACUUCUCUCAAGGACGAGGAGCUGAAAUCACAUGUAUAUAAGAAGACCUUGCAAGCCUUAAUCUACCCCAUCUCCUGCACAACCCCCCACAACUUUGAGGUCUGGACAGCCACCACCCCCACCUACUGCUACGAGUGCGAGGGGCUGCUGUGGGGCAUUGCGCGGCAAGGGAUGCGCUGCACAGAGUGUGGGGUCAAAUGCCACGAGAAGUGCCAAGAUCUGCUGAAUGCCGACUGCCUGCAGAGAGCGGCAGAGAAGUGCUCGAAGCAUGGGGCCGAGGAUCGCACCCAGAACAUCAUCAUGGCCAUGAAGGAUCGCAUGAAGAUCCGAGAGAGGAACAAACCAGAGAUCUUUGACCUGAUCAGAGAUGUCUUCAGUGAGAGCAAAAUGACCCACUCUCAGCAGAUGAAGACGGUCAAGCAGAGCGUUCUGGACGGUACCUCCAAGUGGUCAGCCAAAAUCACCAUCACAGUGGUCUGUGCGCAAGGCCUGCAAGCCAAGGACAAAACGGGCUCCAGUGACCCCUACGUGACAGUCCAAGUCGGCAAGACAAAGAAGAGAACAAAAACAAUAUUUGGGAACCUGAAUCCCAUUUGGGACGAAAAGUUCCACUUUGAGUGCCAUAAUUCCUCUGAUCGAAUCAAAGUGCGGGUCUGGGACGAAGACGACGACAUCAAGUCCCGGGUCAAACAGAGGCUGAAACGGGAGUCUGAUGACUUUCUGGGGCAGACCAUUAUUGAGGUGCGAACCCUCAGCGGGGAGAUGGACGUCUGGUACAACCUGGAAAAAAGAACAGACAAGUCUGCCGUGUCCGGUGCCAUCCGCCUGCAGAUCAACGUGGAGAUUAAAGGGGAAGAAAAGGUGGCCCCUUACCACGUCCAGUAUACCUGCCUUCAUGAGAACUUCUUCCACCACCUGACAGAUGUGCAAGGAAACGGGGUGGUGAAGAUUCCUGAUGCCAAAGGGGACGAUGCCUGGAAGGUUUACUUCGAUGAGACGGGCCAGGAGAUUGUGGACGAGUUUGCCAUGCGCUACGGGAUCGAGUCCAUCUACCAGGCCAUGACGCAUUUUGCAUGUCUCUCCUCCAAGUACAUGUGCCCGGGGGUGCCAGCGGUGAUGAGCACCUUGCUGGCCAACAUCAAUGCUUACUAUGCUCACACAACGGCCUCCACCAACGUGUCUGCCUCGGACCGCUUCUCGGCUUCCAACUUCGGGAAAGAGCGGUUUGUUAAACUUCUGGACCAGCUGCACAAUUCCCUCCGCAUCGACCUGUCCAUGUACCGGAACAACUUUCCGGCCAGCAGCCGAGACCGCUUGCAGGACUUGAAAUCUACUGUGGACCUGCUGACCAGCAUCACCUUUUUCAGAAUGAAGGUCCAGGAACUGCAGAGCCCUCCUCGCGCCAGUCAGGUGGUGAAGGAUUGUGUCAAAGCCUGCCUCAACUCGACGUACGAGUACAUCUUCAACAACUGCCAGGAUUUGUACAGCCGCGAAUACCAGACAGACCCUAACAAAGCUCAGGACAUGCCUCCCGAGGAGCAAGGCCCCAGCAUCAAGAACCUGGACUUCUGGCCCAAGCUCAUCACCCUCAUUGUCUCCAUCGUCGAAGAGGACAAGAACUCCUAUGCCCCCGUCCUGAACCAGUUUCCUCAGGAGCUGGCUGUUGGGAAGAUCAGCGCCGAAGUCAUGUGGAACCUCUUUGCUCAGGAUAUGAAAUACGCCAUGGAAGAACACGAGAAGCACCGGCUGUGCAAAAGCGCCGACUACAUGAACUUGCACUUCAAAGUGAAGUGGCUCUACAACGAGUAUGUCUGCAGCCUGCCAGCCUUUGCCGGGAAAGUGCCCGAGUACCCUGCGUGGUUUGAGCAGUUUGUGAUGCAGUGGCUGGAUGAGAAUGAAGACGUCUCCCUGGAAUUUUUGCAUGGAGCUCUGGAGAGAGAUAAGAAGGAUGGGUUCCAGCAGACAUCUGAGCAUGCUCUUUUCUCCUGCUCGGUGGUGGAUGUCUUCACCCAGCUCAACCAGAGUUUUGAAAUCAUCAAGAAGCUGGAAUGCCCAGACCCGGCCAUCCUGGCCUGCUACAUGCGGCGCUUUGCCAAGACCAUCGGGAAGGUGCUGAUGCAGUACGCAGACAUCGUCUCCCGGAGUUUCCAGGCCUACUGCUCUAAGGAGAAAGUGCCCUGCAUCCUGAUGAACAACAUCCAGCAGCUGAGGGUGCAGCUGGAGAAGAUGUUUGAAGCCAUGGGGGCCAAGGAGCUGGAUCCAGAAGCCAGUGACUCUCUCAAGGAGCUGCAGGUGAAGCUGAACAACGUGCUGGAUGAGCUCAGUGCUGUCUUUGGUAACAGUUUCCAGGCACGGAUCGACGAUUGCGUCAAGCAGAUGUCGGAUAUCCUCUGCCAGGUGAAAGGGCCGGGAAAUGCCCCUCCGAAUGUGGUGGCCCAAGACGCAGACAACGUCCUCAGGCCCUUGAUGGACUUCCUGGAUGGAAACCUGACGCUCUUUGCGGACGUGUGUGAGAAGACAGUGCUGAAGCGGGUGCUGAAGGACCUCUGGAGGGUGGUCAUGAACACCCUGGAGAAGAUCAUCGUGCUGCCUCCCCUCUCGGACAACACGGGGACCCCACUGAUUUUCAGCGCCGCUAAAGAACUGGGACACUUGUCGAAGCUGAAGGAUCACAUGGUCAGGGAGGAAACGCGGAGUCUCACCCCAAAGCAGUGUGCGGUGCUGGAACUGGCUCUAGACACCAUUAAGCAAUAUUUCCAUGCCGGGGGGAGCGGGCUGAAGAAGACCUUCCUGGAGAAGAGCUCGGACCUGCAGUCCCUGCGCUAUGCGCUCUCCCUCUACACGCAAACCACCGACACUCUCAUCAAGACCUUUGUGCAGACGCAGACGGCACAAGGCUCAGGCGUGGACGACCCCGUGGGUGAAGUGUCCAUUCAGAUCGACUUGUACACACACCCCGGCACCGGGGAGCACAAGGUCACAGUGAAAGUGGUGGCAGCCAACGACCUGAAGUGGCAGACCUCGGGCAUGUUCCGCCCGUUCGUGGAGGUGACCAUGAUUGGGCCGCACCAGAGUGACAAGAAGCGGAAAUUCACCACCAAGUCCAAGAGCAACAACUGGGCCCCAAAAUACAACGAGACGUUCCACUUCAUCCUGGGGAACGAGGACGGGCCGGAUGCCUACGAGCUGCAGGUGUGCGUGAAGGACUACUGCUUUGCCCGCGAGGACCGCGUGCUGGGCAUCGCCGUGAUGCAGCUCCGGGACGUGGCAGACAAGGGCAGCUGUGCCUGCUGGUGCCCGCUGGGGCGGAGGGUCCACAUGGACGACACAGGGCUGACGGUCCUGAGGAUCCUCUCGCAAAGGACCAACGAUGAAGUGGCCAAGGAGUUCGUCAAGCUGAAGUCGGAGUCGCGCUCCACGGAGGAAGGGAGCUGAGCCGCCCCGCAUCUCCACCCUUCUUGGGUGCCCAAUGCCAACCUGUGCGGAAAGCGCAGCCGCCGGCUCUCUUGGACCCCAGGA